AUGGCAGCUAUCAACGACUGGACGCCGACAUCCUGGCGUUCUAAGCCAAUCAAGCAAGAGGUUGUUUACGAUGACCAACUUGCGGUCAACAAAGCUGUGACCAAACUCACCAACCUACCUCCUCUUGUCACCGCUCACGAGAUCUGGAAACUGCGUGCCUCUCUACGAGAUGUAGCACUUGGAAAGUCUUUCCUGCUCCAAGGUGGUGACUGUGCCGAACUUUUCUCGUACUGUAAUGCCGGUUCUAUCGACAGCAAGACCAAGCUGCUAUUGCAAAUGUCUUUGGUUCUGAUUUACGGCGCCAACAAGCCUGUGGUCCGUAUCGCACGCAUGGCAGGCCAGUACGCGAAACCCAGAUCAUCACCGAUGGAGGCUCAGCCCGACGGCACCAAGAUUCCUUCUUUCCGUGGUGACAUUCUGAACGGCUUCCCUGCUGAGGAAAGAGCAAUUGACCCUGGACGUCUCGUUGAAGCUUACUUCCACUCUGCUGCAACUCUGAACUACCUUCGCGCUCAAUUGGCUUCUGGUGUCGCUGACUUGCACAACCCCUUGGAUUGGAACUUAGGUCAUGUAGCAGACCCUGAUCUUGCAGAGCGCUACCACAAGAUUGUUGACUCGAUCGCCGAAUCUCUCCGUUUCAUGCGCACAAUUGGUGCUGACACCGCUGGACAACUCCAAACUGUCGAUCUCUACACUUCCCACGAAGGUCUGCUACUCGAAUACGAAAGCGCAAUGACCAGAAAACUCCGCCACCCUAACAACAAGUUCCUGGCUUGUGCGGGAGCUCCCGCCGAGGCUCGCAGCAACAGCAGCGAUUCAGAAGAUGAAGAAGAUGAUUCAGGCCACUACAACACCUCAGCUCAUUUCCUCUGGGUAGGCGACCGCACGCGUCAGCCCGACCACGCACACAUCGAGUACUUCCGCGGUAUCAUCAACCCCAUCGGUAUCAAGGUCGGCCCCACAACCUCCGUCACUGAUCUCUGCGAACUUCUCGACGUCGUCAACCCCGACAAAGAAAUUGGCAAAGUGACUUUGAUCACACGUUACGGUCAAGACAAGGUCUCAGACCUGCUUCCCACGCAUAUCAAAGCCGUCAAGGAGAGCGGCCACAUUGUCGUCUGGCAAUGCGACCCUAUGCACGGCAACACCCGCUCCACCGCCACAGGUAUCAAGACGAGAUCUUUCAGUGCUGUGUUCAAUGAGUUGGAGGCUUCGUUGCGCAUUCACCGUGCUCUGGGUAGUAUCCUGGGUGGUGUGCAUUUGGAGCUGACUGGCGAUGCUGUCACCGAAUGUACGGGUGGAAGUGUAGGCUUGGAAGACGAGGACCUGGGAAGCAGAUACGAGACUUUCUGUGACCCUAGAUUGAACGAGAAGCAGGCUCUCGAGUUGGCUUUCUUGAUCGCUGGCUUCCAGAGGAAGGGAAGAGCUAGCGUUGCGGUAUAA